AAGCGGAAGUGCGUUUGCCUCUAGCAAUAUGGCGGCUGGGGGGGGUUCCUCCACAGAGAUACAAUCUAUACUUCCGGUAUUAAAUUGAAGAGCGCUAUUGUGCGGAAUUAUCUGCACGGGAUGCAGAAUGACGUCACUUCUGUCCGUAUGGUGAACGUGCUAUGAACGAUGCAUUAGAAAACAGAGUUGUUGGAAAGCCGCUUCGAUUUUAUACCUGAAGUGCUAGUAGGAAUUCUGUGGGAGCUCUGUGCCUCUUUGCUUGUUUGCAGUAUGGUGGAGAAGAAAAUCUCAGCACGGUCUCAGGACCCCAGCCAGAGGCGCAUCUUAGACCGGGCCACCCGUCAACGUCGCCUCAACCGCCAGUUGGAGGCGCUGGAGAAUGACAAUUUCCAGGAUGACCCUCACGCCAACAUGCCCCAGCUUGUGAAGCGCCUGCCUCAGUUUGACGAUGAUGCUGAAACCGGGAAAAAGAAGAAGAAAACCCGUGGGGAUCAUUUCAAGCUGCGUUUCCGCAAGAACUUCCAAGCUCUGCUUGAAGAACAGAACCUGAAUGUAAGUGAAGGACCCAACUACCUCACAGCUUGUGCUCCCCCUUCGAACCUGCCCCAGCGACACUUCUGCACUGUCUGCGGCUUCCCGUCAAACUACACGUGUGUAUCCUGUGGGGCCCGCUACUGCUGCGUCAGGUGUCUGGGGACACACCAAGAAACUCGGUGUCUGAAGUGGACGGUUUGAGAUGUGCCCCAAAGAACUGCGGUGUGCCGUGUUGUCUGUGGGAGGAACCUUCGUGUGGUCUCCCUGUUGCCUUUGGACAUCCUGGGCCUUCCCCUGCCCCACAUUGAGGCUAAAGGACAGGAGACCAGGUUUCUUGGAGCUGAGAGGAGUUAGCUUUGCCUUGGGCCCCCUCUGCCACUUGUGUUUUGAGGAAUAAAAAGGUGUCUGUGCUGUA